GGGCCGGGCCUCAGCGCGGCGCUCCGCGACCUGCGCGCGCAGCUGGAGGGCACGACYGCGCGCAGCACCCUGCAGGCCGAGGACUGGUUUCGCGUGAGGCUGGACAAGCUCUCCGAAGUYGCCAAGGUGAACACGGAUGCCAUCCGCUCGGCCCAGGAGGAGAUCAGCGAGUACCGCCGCCAGCUCCAGUCCAAGACCACCGAGCUCGAUGCCCUCAAAGGGACCCAGGAGUCACUGGAGAAGCAGAGGCAGGACUCGGAGGAGCGUCAUCAUGCAGACGUCCUCUCCUACCAGGAGACCAUCCAACAGCUUGACAGUGAGCUGAGAAACAGCAAGUGGGAGAUGGCAGCCCAGCUCCGGGAGUACCAGGACCUGCUCAAUGUCAAAAUGGCCUUGGACAUUGAAAUCUCUGCCUACAGAAAGCUCUUGGAAGGGGAGGAAUAUCGGAUUGAGUCUGGCUUUGGGAUGAUCUCCUUCCCAGAGGUGCCCCCCAAGGCUCCCAGCAUCACCACCAACAUCAAAGUGAAGAGUGAGGAGAAAGUCAAGGUGGUGGAAAAAUCAGAGAAGGAGACUGUGAUUGUGGAAGAGCAGACAGAGGAAAUUCAGGUGACUGAGGAGGUGACAGAGGAGGAAGAGGCUGAGAAGGAGGCUGAAGAGGAGAAAGAAGAGGAGAAAGCUGAAGCAGAAGAAGAGGAGGCAAAGGCUCCUGAAGAGGAGGAGGCUAAGACCCCAGCUCUGAAGUCCCCAGAGAAAGCUGAAUCUCCCAUAAAGGAGGAAGCCAAGAGUCCAUCUAUCAAAUCCCCCGAGAAACCUGCAACCCCUUCAAAGGAAGAAGCCAAAACCCCAACUGUAAGAUCUCCCGAGAAACCCAAAACUCCUUCAAAGGAGGAGGCCAAGAUCCCGGCAAUUAAAUCACCUGAGAAACCUGCAACCCCUUCAAAAGAAGAGGCUAAAACCCCAACUGUGAAAUCCCCUGAGAAACCUGCAACCCCUUCAAAAGAAGAGGCCAAGAUUCCAGCCAUCAAAUCCCCUGAGAAACCUGCAACUCCUUCAAAAGAAGAGGCCAAGACUCCAACUGUGAAAUCCCCUGAGAAACUCGCAACUCCUUCAAAAGAAGAGGCCAAGAUCCCAGCCAUCAAAUCCCCUGAGAAACCUGCAACCCCCUCCAAGGAGGAGGCCAAGGUCCCAGUCAUUAAAUCCCCUGAGAAACCCACAACUCCCUCCAAGGAGGAGGCCAAGAUUCCAGCCAUCAAGUCCCCAGAAAAACCCACAACCCCUGCAAAGGAGGAGGCCAAGACCCCAGCUGUGAAAUCCCCUGAGAAACCUGCCACCCCCUCAAAGGAGGAGGCCAAGAUCCCAGAAAAGGUCAAAUCUCCUGUGAAGGAGGAGGCCAAGGCUUCUGAGAAGGAAGCAGCCCCAGCCAAGGAGCCUGUUCCUUCUCCUCCAAAGGAGGUGAAAGCCCCCACAAAAGAAGAGCAGCCCAAGGAGGAAACGGCUCCCUCCAAGGCCCGAGUCGAGGAAGGCAGGAAAGAGGAGGCCCCCCAGGCUGCCCCGGCCAAGGCAGAGGAGAAGCCAAAGGAGAAAGUGGCACCACAGAAGGAGCCCAUUAAACCCACAGAGGAAGGGAAGGCCGAGAAGGAAGCUCAGCCGAAGCCUCCACAGGAACCUAGCAAGACAGUCGAGAAGCCAAAGGCUGCGGAGAAGAAGGAGGAACCAAAGAAGGAGAAAGCGGAGCCCAAAAAGGAGCCAGAGGAGAAACCCAAAGCGGAAGCUAAACCCAAAGACGAGCCCAAAGCCGGCAAAGAGCCCGCCAAGGCCGAGAGCGCCGGCAGCGCCGAGGCCAAGGCGGGUAAAGCCCCGGAGCAGGCGCCUGCCCCGGGCAAGAGGGGCGAGAAGUGAGCAGAGGCCGGAGCA